AUGGGUUCUCUAAGUUCUAGUCUUCUUACUUUUCUACUCUUUUCAUAUCUCUCGUGUUUUCAUGUCCUCGUACUGGUAUCGGCUAAAGUGUUCAUAAGCAUAGACUGUGGUUCCUCUUCAUUGAAACCUUACACUGACGAUAACUCGAUAGAAUGGGUUGGAGACGAUCAGUACAUACAAACAGGAGAAGUUCGAAACAUCAUUGAAAAAGAUCAAAUGUAUGGUUCGGAUCCUCAUGUUAUGGAUACUCUCCGAGAAUUCCCAACUCGAAAAAAGAACUGUUAUUCAAUAGAUAUCAAUAAGGGUAAGUCUGAAGACCACACUAAGGUUGAAAGAGUCCUUGUUCGAGCUAGUUUCUUCUAUGGAAACUACGAUAACAAAUCAAGUCCUCCGACUUUUAAUCUUCAGUUCAAUGGAAACAAUUGGACACAAGUCAUAACGGAUACCUGUUUGACGUAUGUGGAAGUGGUAUAUUCAUUACACCAUGGGAACACAGUAACCGUAUGUCUUGCUCAAACUCACCGUGAUAAUGUUCCGUUUAUAUCAGCUAUCGAAGUAAGAAGUUUGGAUUCAGACAUGUACAGUUAUGUUGAUUCAAAUUAUCCCUUAUUUUUCAUGUCAAGAACAGCUUAUGGUACCAGUACUAACAACACUAUAAGGUACCCUGAAGAUAGUUACGACCGUAUUUGGCAAUCGGUUGGACCACUAAGCAAUAGUAGUGGUCUUCUAAGAGUUAGAAAUAGCUCGCCAUCUAUUAAAGUUGACAUCGCCGAUAAAAUUCCUGAGACUCUAUUCAUGGCGGCAAUAAUGCCCGUGAAAGCUUCUAAGCGAAACUUGUGGUUUAGUGGUUGGGUUCCAGAUCCUAAAGUUCCUAUGCAUUUUAAUGCAUAUUUUUCAGAAGUGAUUAAGUUGGAUUCUACUCAGAAAAGAUCAUUCAAUAUAUACCUUGAUACCUAUGGUGUUAAUGGUUCCAAUCCUAGUUUCAAUGAUUAUGGCAUUGUGAAUCCACCUUAUGGACACGCACUGCAGGUACACCUUAAUAAUGUAAGUGUUGAAUCAUACGUCGAGUUUUAUGAGGUUUAUAUGCAGGCGACAAAUGAUUCAACUCUAGGUCCAUUAAUCAACGCCCUUGAAGGGUAUACAAUUGGUGAUAAAUUAGUUCAAGGAACUAAUUCAAAAGAUGUGAAUUCAUUGGCUUUACUGCAAAAGAAUUUCAUUCAACUUCAAGAUUGGCAAGGCGAUCCAUGUUUACCUUACCCGUUUACUUGGGAUUGGGUUGAUUGUGAUUCUGAUACCGACUCUCCUCGAAUUACAACACUAUAUCUCAAUGACGUUGGAUUAGUGCGUACCUUACCAGAUUUUAGUGACAUGGAUGCACUCGAAACCAUAGAUUUGGGCAGUAACAGUUUGACCGGAAAAAUUCCUGAGUUUCUUGGAACAUUACCUAAACUUAAAGUAUUAAACUUGGCAGAUAAUGACUUUUCUGGAGCGAUACCUUCUUCAUUGUUGAAUAAUAUCAACUUAAAAUUAACUGUUUCUGGUAAUCCAAACUUGUCUACCAACAACAACACAUCAACAAACAGAAAUAGUACUGAGCCAAAGAUACCUUCCACAAGCAGUAGAAAAACAUCUAUAACAUCAACAAUCCCGAUCAUUAUACUUGGAAGUGUAAUCAUUCAAAUGUUUGAUUCUAUUUUUGGUUUGUUAUUGUAA